ACAUAAAAAUAGACCACUCGUCAAACCCAUGGUAAUCGUAACAACAACUGGGUACAUCGUUUCUAUUCUGGGACCAUAUCACGCCGAUUCAAAAAACAACGAUGCUUCCAUACUGAAACACAAUAUCAAGACCAACAUGGAGAACAUGAAGGAUUGGCUGCAGACAGAUGACCUCCUAGUUGUGGACAGAGGAUUUAGGGAUUCCCUGGAGUUUCUGAGUGAACUCGGAAUAAAGUACCAGAUGCCAACAUUCCUUCAGAAAGGUCAAAAACAACACACAACAGAAGAGGCCAAUGCUUCUCGACUCGUUACAAAAAUACGAUGGAUAGUCGAGUCAGUAAAUGGAAGGUUGAAGCAGUGGCGAUAUCUUCAGAAUGUCAUGCCGAACACACAGAUACCAGCCAUCGGCGACUACGUGCGGCUUGUUGCAGCCCUGUGCAACCGCUACCGAACACCACUCAACACUGGCACAACUGAAGGUGACCAACUGGUAGCAGCUAAGAUGAAGGUUCUGGCGUCCAAGGGGAAUGCUCUUCAGCAGCGUGUCCAGGAGGAGAAUCUCGACACCCGAAAACACUCCUGGAAAUCUAUAGAUGUUGCCGAUGCUGUUGACCAGUUUCCCUCCAUGUCAGAAGAAGACAUCAGAAACCUGACUAUAGGAGUGUACCAAGUGAAGCUUGCUCGUUCUUACACAUCAGAGCACUUAAGCGAGGACGGCGACUACACAAUCAUGGUUAAUGAUGAGGUUAAUGGUAUGCUACGUGCCCGUAUUCAAAGUCGACACACCAGUGCGAAGAAAUAUCUUCUUUGGAUUGAGUACAGUCCCGCUGUUGUUUUAGGCUGGUUUUGUCAAUGCAAGACUGGAGCUCGAGUUGUCGGCACAUGCGCACACGUAUCAGCUGUUGUUUGGUAUCUGGGAUAUGCACGACAUGUGGGAAGUGUUAGGGGCGUAAAAGACUGGUCUGCAUUUCUGGAAGACGCUGCUAAGGUUCCAGAACUUGUAGACGGAUCUGAUAGCGACAAUAGUGACCCGGAGGAGUGAUAAGGUGUACGGUUUAUUUUGGUGGAUAUUAUGACAUUGAUAUUUUAUCAUUUCUCAUCGGACGUAAUGUUGAUUAGAUGUUUUUUGUAUCAGCUAUGUGGUCACACAUGUUAGUGGACAUUUUGGUAAAUAUCUAUAUUUUCUCAAAUGAAAUCACUUAAUUCCUGUAAUAUCAGGAUUCAUUAACCAUUGGAAAAUUAUGUUCACCUUAAUCAUGCUACUUUGAUUAUAUCUUGAUUAACAUGAUAUUUUGAUGAUAUUCUAUGACAACAUUUUUUUUUAUAUUCUGAUAACAUGCUAUUUUGUUAUUUUCUUGACAUGAUCCUUAAAUACUCUGAUGCCAUAAUGUUUUGUUGAUAACAUGAUCCUUUAAUAUUCUGAUGCCAUGCUUUUUGUUGAUUACAUGAUCCUUUAAUACUCUGAUGCCAUGCUGUUUUGUUGAUAACACUAUCCUUUAAUAUGCUGAUGCCAUGCUGUUUUGUUGAUUACAUGAUCCUUUAAUAUGCUGAUGCCAUGCUGUUUUGUUGAUAACACUAUCCUUUAAUAUGCUGAUGCCAUGCUGUUUUCUUGAUAACACUAUCCUUUAAUAUGCUGAUGCCAUGCUGUUUUCUUGAUAACACUAUCCUUUAAUAUGCUGAUGCCAUGCUGUUUUCUUGAUAACACUAUCCUUUAAUAUGCUGAUGCCAUGCUGUUUUCUUGAUAACACUAUCCUUUAAUAUGCUGAUGCCAUGCUGUUUUCUUGAUAACACUAUCCUUUAAUAUGCUGA